GCUUUUUAGAGGCAAAUAUAAUUUCUUGUUCAGAGAUUUGAAGUAAGUUUAUUCCAUAAUAAAAACACUACUAAAAAAAGUAGCAACACCAUUUACAAUAUAUUUUGGAGAAUUGGAAUACAACGUCCGUAACAACGCUCACGAGAUAUGCGCUUUUGGACCCAUCUGGUUACCCAUCAAAUCAGUUAGCACCGCUGCUCUGGCAAUGAUCGACGCCAUUCAAGUAUUCGCCACUCUGGCCAUAUUCUGGUCUUCAAUCUGUGCUGUGUUCAUGACUCACAAUAGCACUAUCCUCACAUUGACCCAUUUGGAGCAGUUUGGUAGGAUGUUUCAUAAAGCUUUCGAGGCCAAACGCGAGGACGAAAUAAGGGCUAAGUUGUAUCACUGCGUCAGGUACCACAAUCAUAUUCUAAGGAUAGGCGCUCACAUAAGCCAGCUAACUAAAGGUACACUGGGACAUAUAUCUCUGACGUCAGCGAUAUGUUUGGGAUGCAUUGGAAACCAAAUUUUGAACGAAAGGUCUAUUAGAGCAUUCAUGCAUUUGGCCGGCUUUGCCGUUGGAUUCUUCAUGGUGUGUUUUGCUGGACAGAAAAUGAUUGAUGAGACAUCGUCGAUAAGAGAAGUGGUAUAUUUUGCCAAAUGGUAUGAAGCACCGCCAGCAUUAAUUCGGGAUGUGAAGUAUAUCAUCGCUAGGUGUGAAAUCCCCAUCACAUUACCUGCGCUACCUCUAGGCGUACUCGGUUAUCCUUUAUAUUUGAUGAUAGUCAAAACUUCAUACUCAUAUCUGACAUUAUUGAACCAAACUACUUAAAAGGUAUUUGACGUGAUAUUUAAUACUGUGAUCACUGAUUAUGUUCGUCCACAUAGUAGAAGAAUUAAAUAUAGAUAAUUUAAGUGAAGUACUCUUUUUAUUUAUUAUAUUAUUCUAUAAAAUUAUAUUUUUUUAGUUGUUUAGAGGAAAAUUCCGAAAUAUUAGCCAAUUAUUGAAAUACUGUCAUCAACUAUUAAUACGUAUUAAAAUGACAAGUAAAGACUGAUCUUGAAAUUGUUUUAGAAUUAGAGUUAUCGGGUGGUUAUCGGUGUAUUGAUGUUGGGUGCAUUUCGCUGCACGGACGAC